AUGGAAAUGAAAAACCAGGCACCCAUCGUCGUCGUCGCGAUCUCUUCAGAAGUUGUUGUACUUCUUAGUACUACAUCGAAACUAAGUCUAAGCACAAACAUGAAUGACAACUACAAUACCCGGCUUUGAUAUGAUCGCUGAUUUCGUUUUUUUUGCAACUUCUACUUGUUGACACGACACAUCAUGGCAACUGCGAGGACUACAAGAACCUCGCAGAAAAUUAUGUCGUUCUUUAGUCAAGGUCAACGCGCUCGAAGCUUCUGUCUGCUUUUCGUCCUGCUGCAAGCGUGGUGGUGGUGGUUCCUCCUGCUUCCUUCAGUCCGCGCUGAUGUGGAGGCUGUAGGAGCAACUGCUUCCAGCAGUUCAAGUUCUGUGGGACGAGGCACUGCUGUUGCGAAUGAAGAUGAUGGUCCUGCAUCCGCUGCUGCUUCUGGACCACCUGGCGUCGAUGUUGAAACAAAGAGCGCUACAAGGAGGAGCGACGUCGAUGAUAUCAAAUCCAAACCGGAAGCACAAGCACAAACUGCAGACGUCGCAGGUGCCACCGAAAACCAAGACGACAACGACGACCUGGAAGGCCCUCUGCCCGACCGGCCGGAGCCCUGGAACGACCGGGAAACUUGGUACCAAAACGAAGAUAAGCUCGAUCUAGAAGAGGAACAGCAGGCGUUUAACGAGGACAACGCGAUAAACGAUAUUGUGGACGACGAGGACGACGUGAGUGCUGCCAACUUGGACCACGACCAGCAGCAGUCACGACAACCAGAACGGGCGACACAACAUACUCCUGCGGGCAAGAAGAUAGAAGAUGAAGGGCAGGAGGCGCAAAAACAUCAAAUAGACGGCCAGUCUUCCCUGUUAGAGGUGCAGGAAAAAAUAAACAAGCAGCGCUUAAGCAGGGCAGGUGAAGCAGACAAUAGCGAGGUGGGGGCGGGUGACGAUGGUACUAGCAGUACGAGGAAAAAUAUGAAACCCCGUCCGAAAAAAGGCCACCUGGACAAGAUCUUCAGUGACACGAUUGACGAGAUUUCUGAGCAACUGCCAAAAGACGAGUUUGAACUGGAGAAGCGAGAAAGCGCGCUCAUGGAUUAUCAAAUGCAAAAGUGUCUGGGUCUGGAAGAUUGCGAGAUUUGUCAUGCUUGUGUGGCAUGGCCAAAAAGUUUGUGAUGCCUGUCCAAGAAGAGACCCUUUUGCCUGUCAUGCCAAAGCGCAGUUUGUCAUGCGAAAAACGCAACACAGAUAUUUCUCAUGCUUGGCUGUGCAUUACAGAGCAUCUACUAUUCCCAACGCAGCAUUACAAGUUUCCAGACCCAGACAUAUUUGCAUUUGAUAUGGAUCUGGUCAGCCUGAAAUCCGAUCUGGAUCGCGACGUGGUGAAGAAAACCUCUAUGCAUUGCGAAAGUGUCGCACUCGUAUAAUGAAUGCAUUACAAAUUUCUUCAGCAUGAGAAAUAAAAUUUGUAAUGUGGAUUUACCUUAUGAGCAAGAUUUGUAAUGCGUGUUUGCGAUUUUUACUACGAGUGCGAUGCUUUUGCAUAGGAUAACCUCGCUCGUCGAGCAAGACGCACAAAACCUCGACAACGACCUGCAUAAUCUGAAGGAAAAACAGGAAAAGGAACUGGUUUUGUCGCUACUCUAUCCUGUGAAAAAUGAGUAUCGUGCGCCUACUAAUCGCAAUCUUGAAUGACAGAAACAGAUCUAGACCCUUACCUCAAUCAACAAAAGCAUGACAAAUUCCCGUUCUGUUUUUGAAAAAGUUGGCUGUCAUGCAAUUUGUACCACACGCGAUGCUUUUGCAUUGCAUAAACCCCACGGUGGAAUGGACAGCGGACCGGUGGGUCGCAACAGCGGAAGUGGGACGGGUGAAACAGGCAGUGCUGGCGGUGGAACAGGCAGUGGCAGUGGCAGUGGAUCAGCCUAUCCCGUGCAAAAGUAUCGCACUCGUACUAGUUGCUUUUUUGCAUGACGUAUCUUCUUCCUUAGGCUUAGCUAAACCCAAUAAUUCAGCUCUAAAUAUUUCAUUUAUCACGCUGUCUGUGCAAAUAAUUUCUGUAUGCAACUACUACCGUACCACCGCGAUACAAUACUUUUGCAAUGCAUACAGGCAGUGGAUCAACAUUUGUGCAGCUAACAAAGGAAGACAUCGAGAACUGGAGGCACCGGUAUGGGCACUUCGUGUACCGCACCCUUUCCGCUGCCGAUCAAGCCAACGCACCGCAGAACGACUUGGAGCAGCGUGUCUUUCGUCUCUGCGAGCACAUGGAGAUUCGACCGCAGGAGUUUGAUAAGCAGAAAACAGCCAACUUCUACGCAAAAACGGUAGCGCCAGCUGGGAGUGGGAGACAGAACCAGCAGAAAUCAUCGUCCUACAUUCAAGAAAAAGAAAAAGCCGGGCAAAUGGGAGCGAACGCCUUCGGCGAGGAUGAGGAGGAGAAAAAGCUGAAUAGCUCUCCCCUUGUCGACAUUUGGUGCAACUUCAAGGACGCUGAGUUGUUGGACGCGGAUCGGUAUCCUGUGCAAAAGUAUUGUACUCGUAGUAAUUGCUGUCAUGCAUUACAAAUUUUUUUUUCUCAUGCUGAGGAAAAAUGCACUUUUAGGAGUACGAGGAUACUUUUGCAAUGCAUAAUCGGGCUGCUGAUCCCGAAGCAAGGCGACCGGAAAUUGUCCCCAUUCCCGCCGUAUCAACUGCAAAUAUCGCUGGAUGUCUGGAAAAGUGUAAACUUGUCAUGGAGGUUUUCCAUGACCCAUGAGGUCUGGAAUGCGGGGCCUAGCAUGACAGACUCUGUGAGGUCUUUGCCAUGCCUAUCCUGCAUGAGAAACUCCCUCCCAACUCGGUCGACAGUGGACAGCUUUUGGCAUUCAUGCAACACAGAUUUUUGCGUGAUUCGGAUUUAGCAUGGCAAGUUGGCACUCUUCCAGACCUCCCAAACAUAUUUGCAACGUAUACGCCGCGAGCCUGGACGGAACGCGUCUGCUGCAUCCCCAGGACGCACUGAAAGACGUGAAAGAGCUCCGGUGGGACGGGAAGAAGCGCCUGUACACCAUGGUUUCCAAACACGGGAAGCCAAUCGCGAAGUUUGAGAAGGUGCACAUCCCCUACGGUCUGUGGAAGAUGGAUUUUUCGCAACUCGCGCCCAUAGACCUACGACAGUGCACAACUCCCCCUCCCCCUCAUUUGUCAUGCAAAAUACCGAAUCCACAUCUUGCCUUUAAGCACUCGGCGCUUCACAAGUUUUGGACGCCCAAACAGGACUACAUUCCAUGUGCGGAUUUGUCAUGCAAAAGCAACAUUUACAUUUGUGGCAUUGCUUCUGUUACUGCUCAUGCUAUACAAAUGAGGGGGAGGGGGCGUUGUGCACUCUCAUAAGACCAGAUCAGUAACUACAUCGAGAACCGCGGCUACGAUCUGCGGAUGCUCAUGCCCGCCGUGUAUGAAAAAACGGGACGCACGGACAGCACGGUGUACCAGUACAUGGUGACAGAAGCACGAGAGGCCGAAGACGACAUGAAUAAUCCUUACCCAAACAUGGUAACUGCGCUAGCCAAACUGCAAAAAGAGUGCGAGUACGUCCUCAUCCGACCUAUCGAAUGCAAAAAUAUAGCGCUGUACUAGUAUGAAUUGCAUCACAAAUUAGCUCAGCAUUACAAAUGAAACUUGCAAUGCUGUUUUACCCUAUAGGAAAGAGAUUUGUCACGCAUAACAGCAAUUACUACGAGUGCGAUACUUUUGCAGUUCAUACGCCCUAUGCAACAGCAACACGCGGACCUCGAAACCGCAUCCGAGGAAGAAGAAAAAAGCGUACCUAUCUACGCCGGUAUAUCCUAUGUAAAAACGUACCCACCCCAGAGUUGUCAUGCAGAUUUGCCAUGACAGGAACAUUUGUGAUGCGCAACCCCAUAACAGGCAUUUUCAAUCGUGUUUGGGAACUUGUAAUGCUGUAAACAGGAUCAGAAGGUCGAUGUGUGAUGCGGCUUUCCUUGCUAACUUGCACUACCUUACGGACUGAAACUUGUCAUGCGUGACUCCUAAAACUCCUAGGUUUGUGUUGCAAAAUCCCCAUCCUGACUCUGGUGUGGGUACAUUUUUACUCAGGAUACGGUAGUACCAGCGGCCCUCCCGCAAGUGGAAGUAGUCGCGCUGUCGGGAAUGCGGCCCUGGACGCUGCGUUCAGCCAGGACGUGGCUUACUGUCUCCAGAUAUCGAUUGCAAAUAUCCCUGAAUGUCUGGAAGGAUGCGAACUUGUAGAAAUGCGUGUUCCGAAUCAACAUGCGACUGUCGCGCAGGACCUGCAAAAGUUGCCCAGUUCUGGUCAUGAUGAGAAGCCAUUUUUCAUUGCAGAAUAAUACACAUCGCCUAGUGCAAGUAGGGGCUGCAGAACCUGUGAAGAUCAUGCUAGGCCCUGCAUAUUCCAGACUUGGCAGAGCUAGAGCUUGGAACAACUGCAUGACAAUAAAUCGCGGAACCUUGUUCCAGACCCAGACACUUUUGCAGUUGAUACCAGAGCGAAUUAUUUCGGAAGCGGACCAGAAUUUUAAACUUCUCCCAGAACAAGCGCGCCGGGGUGGUGUUAGCAGACGUGUCAGUGGAUGACAUCGGGGCGGACGCUGGGGAGGGAAAGACAUUUAAAUUUGAUCCAAAACUUCCGAUGGCAUUUGUGUUGGCGUAUGCAUUGCAAAAGUCUCGUACUAGUAUUACUCGCAUGACAAAUUCAUAUCAAAAAGAGAACUGAAAUUUGUAAUGCGGAUUGAGAUAAGAAACCAGAUUUGUCAUGCAUAACUGCGAUUCCUACGAGUACGAUACUUUUGCACAGGAUAUGGCGCCGCUACGAGCGAUUCCGGACGGGUACGAGCCAACCUGGGUCAGUCGAGACUAUCAAAAGUAAAAAUGUCUGGGUCUGGAAGUAGAGCACAACUUUGUCAUGCACAUUUUCCAUGAUCCAUGAUAUCUGUGAUGUAUGCCAUAGCAUCACAGACUUUUUGAGCGCUUACCUAUGCGCAUCCAGCACAACAAAUGCCCUCUCCGCGUAGCCAAAUUUGAGUCCUCUUGCUGGUCAUGCAAUACAGGUUUUCUGAGCAUCCAACACAUAUAUCGCAAAGUCAUGCUUGCUGGUCAUGCAAUACAGGUGGACUGUACAGGCGCGACACAUAUAUCGCAAAGUACAAGGAGGAAGAACGCGCAGCAGUCGUGAAGCAAAUGAAACCGCUGCUGCAAGAACUAGAAGCGACAGCGAAGCGCGCCGACCUCCGAAUUUUCGGCGGCGAUAUGAAUGCCGAAUUCUACGAGGGCGCCGACGGCGAAUUUCUAUUCGCUCGGGAGAAAGUAGCGCCAGUCAUCUACGAGGAAGUUUUAGCGCCCCUCGCUCGCCUAAUGUCCCUCUAUACCAAGUACCGCUGCCCGGCAGGCCCGACCUGCUUUCGGACCACACCCAGACGGAUUGACUUCGCUCUAGUAGGCGCCGAAGACGCAAACUCGCUCAAGGUGAGGCAGAAGCGGGCUAAGGUGCCGGCCAAUUGGCAGUAUGAGUUCGGCAAGAAGCAAACGCGCUGCCAGUGGCUGAAGGACGACGAGACCCCAGAUGAAGCCGAGGCGGACCAUCUAGCACUCCAUACAGUAAUCCGGUGGAGGCCGACGAAGGACGAAACGGGGCAGGGAACAACCGGGGCAGAUCGAAACAACAUUGGAACAGCAGGCAAAAAGCCGACAGCGUUUAACGCAACAUACGCUGAUAAAAAACCGGGCGGACCCGCGGCCACGGGCAGAGUCAAGGUCCUGAAGAGCAAGGCGGAAUUCGAGAAGUGCGCCCCCUUCCCCGGCGCCAUAUCCUGGCCUAGGGGGGCAGCGAAGAAAGAACAACUGGCGCCGGUCCUCGAAGCCGCAGAAAUGCCAAGCGCGUGCGAAGUAGGUCUCGACGGCAUACAGAACUGGAUCAGGGAUCUUCUGAAAACGGAGUGCCCGCUGAAGGCAAAGAAUUUAAUGACCCAGCAGAUGGAAGCAUUCUACGGCCGGAAGGGGGGAAGGAAGGCGCACCAGAAAAAGACGCAGCAAAGCAAUGAACCUGAGCAGACGGGCCCUGCCAGCACGACUGAAACAGCUGACGAGAAGGACACGCGCAUGAAGAAGGAGAAGGCGCGUGAGCUACUAGAAAAAUGGCAAGCAACCUACCCGAAACUUGAAGAAGACGACACCGAGGACAGCAUCUACAAGAAAGCAAGAAGGGUCAGGAAGCUAGUAACGGGGCAAGCGCGUGGCGAACUUGCAGGCGAGCUCAGCAAGAUCAACAUAGGCACGAAAGAGCAGCCGGACUGGGUAGAAGGGACGGAGAAAGUGACAGAGGAGGUCGCUUUCUAUCACCUACUCAAAAACGAACUGACUCGGGCUGCCGAAGGCCUCGGGCACACGUUCAACAAAGUCGAGUUCAACAAAGCUUUCCAGCAAUUAACGGACGCGUCGGAACACGUCCCGGAGAUCGUCACUACUGGGCCACAGUUACGUAAAACCCUGGGUAGAAUGAAUGGCGAAGCCGCCGGCGCCGACGGAAUGCGCGUCGAGGGGCUGAAAUCCCUCACCGACAGCCAACUGCAGGAAGUUGCUGCAGGAGUGACUGACUUCUUGCGGAAAGUCGGCAAGGCGAUUAACUCCCCCGGCAACAUGAGCCAGCUCAUCCCGCACGCGCUUACAGUGCUGCAGGUCGAGAUCCUGACGAAAGCGUCGGGGCCGAUUACGGAGGUCAGCAAAUUCCGCGCCGUUAUUAAGAACACCCCAGUAAUGAAACUCCUAGUAAGCCACCUAACUUACAUUGCGACGCGAGUGGCCGACAUCAAUGACGUUUUCACCCGGUGCGGCGCAGCUGGGAAGCCGGCAGCCUCCUGCACGCUCCAGCUGCUAGAAGUGCUAGAGAGUUGCCACGGGGCCGAACUGAGCGACGGCUACGACGGCAAAGACGAGACAAGCAAGAACGACGGCGAUCAAGGAGCAAAAGCAGUAGCAACCGAGCCACCGACCGCGAACGGGAACACGGGAGGAGAACAGACCACGGAGGAGAGCCAAAAAGAAGGAGCGACGGCAGGCAAGAGUAGUAGCAACCUAUCCACAGAAGCAGCAGAGGCAGCAGUUGAAGUAAUCGACUGGAUCAAGCUCUUAAUGGGCCUCGACGCUAGUAAUUUUUACAACUGCCUGACGUUGCCGACAGCCGUGCGGUGUAUGAGACGCGCUCGCUUGCACCCGACGUUUAUCAAGUUGAUCAUGCUCACUACGUGGUCGAAGAAGAUCUUCCUGAGGAACGGGAACCACUACGGCGAGGUCAAAGCACAUCGCGACCUCAUCCAAGGCUCCGUAGAGUGCAUGCUAAUAGGAACAAUCGUCUACAUGGCCGGGGUGCAGAAGGUGGCCGAAUUCUUCGAAGAGUGCUACGACGAAACAGGUCGAAUAGUAGCAGGCAAAAUCGACGGCGCGACCCACAAACUGCGAAGGAGUAUCAGGGAGCUCUACAAAGGCGACAACGACAUCGACACGUCCUUCCCAGAUUACAGCACGAGCGAAAUUGACGAGCUUUGGUUCGAUGCGGGAUCGCUAGGCGGAUCGACAACAGGAUACCGGCGGACACAGACCUGGAACAAAUAUCGGAAGGUGUACGUGCAGACACAUCAAUCCGGAAAGCUCCAGAGCCCGGAAGAGCCAGCGCGGCAGAAAACUUCCUCAGCGCUUCAAUUUGUCGAUGAUGGGACCCUUUGUCUCAGGUACAAACCUGCAGACCACGCACUAGCGUUGCGACUACUGAGUGCUGUGAAAACGGUCUACGAAGACAUCUACCGAAGUGAAGGUCAGUAUCUUGCGCCGUUAAAGUGCGAAUACGUUUUUUCCGGAACAGCAGAACAGUCGGAGCAGGUCCGUGAGGUUUUCUCCCCAUUCGGGAUCGAGUUCAACGAGAAGAAAGCUGCGAAGAUCUUGGGAGUGACAAUCAGCCUGAGUAGUAUCGACGAGCAGCGCGCGGCACUUAGGACGCAAGUCAGAAGAGCGAUCGGGACGGCACAACACCACACGGAACAGCUGAUGGUCGCGCAGCCCCGGAUGGACGGCAAGGAACUUCGAACAGCAGUGCAGGUCUUCUUCCUCUCCCCGCUGCUUUACCGAUUGCCGGCUAUGCAUUUGAUCUUCAAGCCAGAGGACUGGACAGAGCUACUGACAGACAUUUCGUUCGGCGCAGCCAGGUCGCUGGGCUUUAGCUGGGAGGCCAUAGCAAAACUAGCGGAGAAGGCAAAGACCGGAGGUGGCGAGUUCUACCGUAUCAUCUUCAGCGAAAACGUUCUGGCUUUGGUCGACCCGUAUCUGCUAGGCAUCAAGAUUCUACGGUCAGCGGCGCAGGCUGGGUACUUGACAGAUCCCGACAGAUUGAUCAAGUGGGCGACCUUUCCGAUUUCUCUUCACGGAGCAACGAGCACAGGUCUGACAGAAUCAGACGCGGCUGACAUCGACGACAAGAACCAGGCCGAUGUCGCGUUGUUGGACGCAGCGGCAGCAGGCGCGUCAACGAGGUUGCCACCAGCAAGUGAUCUACGGUGCACGGGGUUCGUCCCGGAUCGUUCCGGGCUCAGUGAGGAACCCUCACAGAGAACCGCCCACCGCCGCCGCUUCUUUAAAAUCGAAGCCAAUAAUGCCGGUGAUGGAAUCGCAUGCAGUGAGACGGACAUCCUCGGGACAGUAGUAAGGCCGAGCGUUUUGCAGGUGAAGACAGUGCGAACACACCUGAGGACCGAAACCGGCAGGAAGGAACAGCGGGCAGCAGCAUACAUCAACAACGCCUUGUAUGCGAUGCCAUUGCUGAUCCAGGAACAACAGUCGGAUGGAGGAGAAAGCUUCGUAAUUUCGCUAGAAAACUACCAGACACUUCACGACGGAACAAAAGGACCGAUCCGGAAAGGCCAAGGGAUCGCUUUGGACCUGGUAGAAGCAAUCGAGGGACUACAACUUCUAGGCCAUCGGGUCCUGCGAAAAAACAGCCAGAACCGGACGGAGCUAAACGCGGCGCAAGGCGUGCAUGAGAUCCCCCUCAGGUUCGUCAACAUCUCCGGACAUGACAAAAACAUGGACUGGCCGAUCUAUGAGUUCGGUGAGGAACUAUUUGCGUUCGGACCGGUUUCGACCUGGCAACGGAUGAGCAAAAAGGAGCGCGGCGCUUUCCUUGCCCAGGCCCUAGGAGUAGAAACAGACGAGGAGGCGGCAGAGCGGGCACGAAAAGAACGAGAAGCCGAGAGAACACAACCCCAGCCCAAGGCGCCACAGGGGGCGAGUCAGAGUAGCGGGACUGCCGGAAAAAAGUCGACUAGCGGCGCAGGACCAAAGAAAAAACAGGCAAAAGCGAAAGCCCCGGGGCCUGCACCACCACAGCCGGUAGGAGAAAAAACACCGCCACCAAAACGCAGGAGGGUUUCAGAGCAGUCGGACGACGACGCAGGCGAAAAGAGAAAGCCCAACAGAAAAGCACCACCAGCGCCGGCAGCCGCGGCAGAAGAGCAACCAACAGCAAAGGCCCCGACACAGAAAAAGACAAAGGGCGCGGCUGGGCCGAAACCGAAGCCACCAGUAGCCACGGCAGCAGGAAAAGCCCCAGCAAAAGCUCCGGAACAGAAAAAGGCGAAGGGGGCUGCCGGACCGAAGCCGAAGGCAACGGAAGCCAAACCGCCGCAACCCAAGGCGGGCGGAAAGAAGAGAUCUGCAGAGGAGGCGGAGGCGCUCCCGGGUGUGGCAAGCAAAAAACAGAAGCAAACCAGCAAAAAACAGGAGGAAGCCAACCCAGCGAGAAAAAAGCCACCACCUAAACAGAACGAGGCGCCGCGACAGGCCGCUAAUUCCGCAGCGGAAAACACCGCAGAAGCGGCGCCACCGAAGAGCGAGCAAGCCGAGACACGGAAGACCCACGGAACAGAGCAACUGGCUACGCAGGGAGAUCGGGAGGACGCGAAACCUGCAAACGGGCUCGGCGGGAGGGCCGAAGCAGAAAAGCAGGAAACAGCGGCAACAGAGAAAAGCAAGGCACAACCGGCGAGGCCGGGUGCCAUGUUUACGUCGACGAGCCAGUUCUCGAUGGUCGGUGACCUGUUCCGCGAACUGGAACGCAGCCGGAACAACAGCAACCAGCCAGCCUCUCACUCCUCCUCAGCCUCUUCCUCCUCGUCCGCAAAUACGAAAGCCAAGUAAAAAAAAGAAGAAAAGAAGAACCCCACUCGUCGAACCCCGACGGAUACCCCCUCAAGCCCAUCCCUCCCCGCAUAGUAGUACCCCUUACCUACAUGAAGAGCGAGGGACCUCGUAGCACCAGGCGGAAUGGAAAAUAGUAGCUACCCCCAGAUGAUAGCAAAGUAGCGAACGACGACCCGGAGUGCGCAGAAUCGGUUGUAGACAUGGCGGCAAAUCGACCGACGAAAAAGAGCGCGCGAGAUAACCACACUGAAACCAAGCAGACACCUGACUGACGUUUUGUACAUAUAGAGCUGCACAAAGAUGAAAAAAAGAGAAAAAGGAAAAAAGCGCAAGCCGUCCGGCGGGGCGGCCGCUCCUAUCCAUCACACAUCGGAGCACUCGAUGUUCCUGCUCGGUCCCGGCGACGACGAGGGGUAGCGAGAGCCACAGCACGGAGCGACACAGAGGAAAAGAGAGUAAUCCAAAAACGCAUGGCCUCACGUACGUACACUUCUGCACUUUUGUCUUUGCUCCCCGAAAGGGGGUUUCCUGUGGGGGGGGGGUGCGGGAAGUCUAAAAGCAAAUGGAACGAAAGCCGCCUGCAAGCGAAGCGAUCAAAAACCACGGCAGAAGCGAUGUCAUGCGGGUGAUGUGGUUCAGGGGCGAUUGCGAUCCCCCAUUAGGCAUGGCGAUAGCAAGGGCGUUGCACGACGCGAAGAUCUGUCAUGCAGUUUGAACGUGCCAGAACCAAGCCCCACAGUCAAGACGACAACAGCGGCAAAGUGAUCAGCCUUCGGGCGUGCGCGAUGCUCGUUCCAUCUACUUUUUCGACGAUUCACUUCCUUCACCAGGGCCUUGCUCAACCCUGGACCAGAACGAGUAGGACCAAGGACCCAAGAGGUAGGCACUGUAGCGGAAAGUUGGAGCAAAAAAAAUUUUUUUUGAAAAAGGACCCAAUAGGAGCCGACCUGCGUGGAUGGUUAUAAAACAGGUAGCCUGACCCCAAAUGGCAAUGAUCAUUGGGAGCAGCAGAGCGCAGCAGGACCCCGGGACUGCAACAGCUCACCCCUGUUUUAACUUAGAAUCACGCAGUGCUCCGAGUAUGCCACUACCUCGACCCCUCAAGAAAAGAAGUAGCCCCCCCAACUACAACACCGCCGUCCGCGAUCAGGAUACGACUUGUACUAACCAACAUUGUACCAACCGAGAUCCCGCGGGGCGCAGGGUCUGGGCGGCUCGAAGCAGAACGCGCAGCACAAGCGGGAGACAACACAUCCAAAGGUGGGGAUGGUCUCAGGUCGUUCAGGUCCGCCAAGGGUUGCGACGCGCUAUCAGGGUUUCGCCAACUCCGCGGGGGCGUUGCGGGUAACUCCCUAAAACACCAAAACCGGCAGAAAUUAGGGCCGGCAGUCCGGGUAAUUGCUCACCAGUCGUUUUGUAUGACGAACCAAGAGGUGCAACGCGAACAGAUAGGCAUGAAUUUAGCAUCUCCGGCUGGUAGAGCAAUCGGCUACCGAGGUACGUCAGGGGGCGUAGCUACAUCAAUCAAUCCAAAUGUAGCAUCACAAGUUUGGCUCUUCCAGGCCCAGACACUUUUGCAUUUGAUAGAGACGCGCCAAGCACGAAACUGUACCCCAGCGACAUUGGCAGCGAGAAACGGGAGCGAAUCGACGAGGACGCUCACCGAUUGAAAACCAUCUUCGCGCUAUGGAAGUGUCAGGAUCGAAAUCAUCAGAGUUGAAAUAAUUUGUGACGCAUAAAACGAUUAACCCGUUGGCGCCUUGUUUUCAAGUGGCGCAUGAUGACAAAUUUGGGUAGAACUGAAAUCCAGUUUGUGAUGCUGUUUCGGUAAGGAAGACGCCUGCUGUAUUUGUCAUGCUACUUUAGCAGCUCAAUUUCUACCCCUCGACAGGCUUGCAAUCUGCAUCUUCCCUUACGUCCUCUGCAUCAAUAGAGGCAAUUUCUUCGUUGCAUUUUAUGCAUCACAAAGAACUAUUUCAACUUUGACGAUUUCAAUUCUGACGCUUCCAUACGCGCUUCGCCCGACCACGAGCCUCGUCGAGGAAACCAAGAGAGCGUGGGACGAGAGUAAUGGCGAAGGGAGUGCUAUCGCAAAAAAAAACUGUUUCACUGUGAACUUGUGAUGCAUAGAAUGGAACACAGAACUAUUUGGCUUGCCACACCUGCAAGACAUUGGAUUUUUUAGCGUGUUUUCCCUUGGGAAGCGCACAUGGCAAACUUUCUGUGUCAUGUGUAGCAAACUGGUGAUGCGGAUCUUGCAAAACCAUCACAGUGAAACAGUUUUUUCAUGGGAUAAGUGCGACCGGGGGCCUGAAACAUAAGGUCACGUCCUUUAACAAGGAACUGCACGGGGCCGUUGAGGACAAACAGGUAGCACAGCACGGGACCUUUUCAAGCGAUUACUACACGCCGGAGGUGGACAGGUUAAGCCAUCCUGGUGCUGCGACGCUGCAUAUCAUACAAAAAAAGUUCGUCGCGAUCACUCAUGCGCAUUUUUGCAAUACAGAACCUUCUGUCAUGCUUAAAAAUGCACCACAGCCAACCCUCGUAGGGGAUUGCCCUAGAGUUUCUCCAAUACAAGGAAUAAGUAGCUGCGAUGCUAAAAAAAUUUGUAAUGCAAAACCUGCACAGUAGUCGGUGAAUUUGACAAAAUUUGUUCUGUCCAUACCGCAAUCCUGUGUGUUACUAUUCGACGCAGACCUAGACUAUCAAAAUGAAAAAUCUUAGCCCCUCCCCAUAUCAAAACGGAUACUUGUGAUGCUGAUUUGUAGUCACAAAUCAGCUUUGUCGUGCACAUAAGGUAAUGGGAGCCAUUUGACGCAUUCCAGACCAAGUCUCUCAUGCGCUUUCGAGUACUGCAAACCUGUUGGCCAUGCGCAAUUGCUAGCCUUCUGCAUAGUACCCAAACAGGCCUAGAAAAUGCCGCCAAGCACUUUCUGCAAGACAACUCUGAUUCGUGUACGCAAGUCUAGCAUCAGGAACUGCGUUUCGAUAUGGGGAGGGAUGAUUUUUCCUUACGAUAUAGACCGCCUCUUCCCCCGCUGCGACAUGUACCACCUGCGUGACCAAAUGCUUAUCAAGUGCCAAUAUGUCUGGGUCUGGAAGAUUGCGAGACUUGUCAUGCAGAUUUUCCAUGACCCAUAAGGUCUGGAAUGCGAGACCCAGCAUGACAGAUUCUUUGCGGUCUCUAUCAUGCCUCUCCUGCAUGAGAAACUUCCUGUCAAUUUGGUCAAAAGUGGACAGCUUUUGCCAUGCGUGCAACACACAUUUUUGCACGAUCCAGAAUUUGCAUGACAAGUUGCAGUGUUCGUCCAGACCCAGACAUAUUUGCAUUUGAUAAUGCUGCGCCGCCUGCAAAACCCGUUCAGCAGCGCCAGCAGCAUAUCCACAGUAAAUUUCCCGUACACGUACAAAUACAGUCACUGCAUCACAAAACUUGCCUUCAAUCCUAGUCUAGCAUGACAAGUUGGGCACUGCAAGUUAGCGAAAUUUGUCAUGCAUUUUGUACAUCAUGUACAGGAAAUUUACAUUGCAUACAGCAGUGCAGCUUCAGCCGCCUCGACAGCAGCAGCAGCAGCCGCCGCAAGUGCUGCUUCUUCAGCAACAGAACUUGUCGAUAAAAAAACGGCAAAAUCCCGUGAGGAAGACAACCACGAGGACGAUCACACUGCGAGAGCCACCCGCGCGUCUCCUACUGCCAAUCAAGAAAAGAAGCCAAAUGAACUAGCGCCAAACGAGGGAGUAGACCACGCCAGCAGCGCACUUCAGGAGAAGGAAAAAGUCCGAAUCAACGACAUUCAUUGGGUAUGCACUGCAAAAGUACUAUCGUACUCGUACUAGUUGCAGACAUGCAUGACAAACACAAAUCGCCUUCCUUAGCUAAAACAGCAUUACAAAUUUUAUCUGUCAUGCUCAGGAAAUUUGUAAUGCAAUUUAUACUAGUACGAUGGGAUGCUUUUGCACUUCAUAUUGGGUGGGGUUUCGCUUUCACCGGUGGUCCAGAUCGAUUGGGCUUGGCAAUUACGAAUCUGAAAAAAUAGAAGUAGAUUUGGGUCUCAUGGAACAAACCUGUCAUGCAAAUUUGUGAAUGAUGACCUGCCAGCUCACCGUGCAGAGGACCAACACAUGCCAACUCUUCGAAGAAAGAGCUCGACGAGUGGUUAUCAUGCAUACUUACAAUAUUUUUUGUCCGGUGGUGUGUGCGCACCACAUGCAGCAGGAACGAAAAUUGAGUGGCGUUCUAGGCAAGCUAAUGCUAGAGCUAGUUGC